AUUUAUUUUGUUCAGUAUUUUGAAAAUUAAUUUGACAACAUUAAUAUGAUGGAGAAUGAAAUUGUAUAUCUUUAGAAAUGACUGGUGGUUUUUGAGGCUGUUUCUUAAUGCAAUGAUUUAAUAAUCUGAAAAGUAAUAAUAAUAAUAAAUAAUAAAACAAAAACAGAUGCAUUUGAAAAUGUUGAGUGCUCUCCGAGACGAUUGGCUUCCGCAGUCAGAUCCGUUUUCGCCUUUUGGGGACAUGGAGGCAGAGAUUGCUGAACUGAAAACAAUGACAAGAGUCACUAAAGUCAGACAGCAGAUAGAGUGCAGGGAAGAAGGAGCAUGGAUGGUUGUAAGGGAUGUUCCGGAUGCCAAUACGAAGAGUGGAACAAGAAAAGUCACAUCGUACGGGAGAGCUUCUAGAUCAAUAACUAGGUCUUGCUCAGGAAAUGUUGACCUUGAUUCUCUUCUUCUCAGGAUGCCUUCCAGGCCAAUGAGGCCUGAGACUGAAAACGAGGUUUUGAUCGAGUACCCGGAGGAAGAAAAUCCUGCACCCCCAUCAAGCGUGGAAAUAAUUGAAGUGGUCGAUGAAGAGCCAAAACCUGAGAAAAAGAUUGAAGUUGAAAUACCUAAUCCUGAAAAAACUAGUCCAAUUAAAAAAACUUCAGUCGUCACACUUGGCAAGGGUAAUUUGGUCUUGAUUGACGAUGAAGAUUCUAAUUUCCGUGUGACCGGUAUAAGCAAAGGAAAAGUAGCUGAUGCAGUCAGUACUUUAGAGAGAAUAUCUUCCAAUGAAAAGGGAGAAAAGAAAGUUAAAAAAGUUGGCUUUUGCAAAACAGAAGUUCAUUUUGCUCCUGAUUCGGGAAAGAUCAAUAUUGUUGAAACUGAUGAAAAACCGCCUCCUACGCAAAUCUUGAGGAGGAAGAAACGGUCAAGGAAUGUAAAUAAAAAGAACAGCGAUUUACCCAAAUUGUAUUUCGGUGAUGAGGAACGAGGUUCAGAACGAGAGAAAGAAGACAAUUUCAAAGUAACCGAGCAUGUUUUUCCAGUGAUCAGAGAACCGAGUCCUCUUUUGUCAACAUCAGUUACAAAUUUAACUAAUGAAAAAAUCAUUGUAGGAAAAGGGCAUUUGGAACCAAAAGAGGUUCAAAUCAACAGUUUUUGCCCUGUAGAAAAUGUUUCCUCUGUUUCUCCUGAGCUUAAAGUAUUUGAACAGAAUGAAGAACAGCCUCACAAACAAAAGAAUUCAAUUAGCUAUUUAGGAAAUGUUAGCCCUAAAUUAAACAAAUUGAUUCAGAACAGUUUACAGCACGAGUUUCAGUUGAAGCAAAGACAAAUAAUGAGUAAACCAAAACCACCGUCACAGCAACAGUCAUCUUUUAAUAUAAAGUUGGGUAAAGAUACAGAAAAUGAGUCAAAAUCUAUAACUCAUGUCAACAUGACUGAGACAUUGACCAAUGAAAAGGAAGAGCACACAUUAACAAACGAACGAGCGAAAUCUGUCGAGCCUUUGUACGCGAACAAAGUGGUUCAAGGUGUAGAAAAACAAGUUGUUAAACAAAUAGAGGAUAAAGAAAAAGCCCCGAAGCCGAAGCCUAGGACUUCAAUUACCAAAAUAAGUGUGAAUACAAAAGAGCCCGUUAGACCUGUCAGGACUGCUAACAAACCAUUGGAGAAAGUGCCAAGAAAAAAUACCUUAAAGCCUAAAGAAGUGGUAAAAAAGGAAGUUGUUCCAAUCAAACCCAUCAAGCCUUAUUCGAGGAGUGUCACCCCUAAACAAACAGAGCCUGUAAAAAAGAUCAAAGUAAAAACUGAAGUUACAAACGGAAGUCAUAAACUGCAGAAAUUAAUAAAAAAUACAACUGAAAAGGCAAAUGAGUUAAGAGGGAAGAAACCGAGAGAGCCGUUAAGAAGUUUUGAAAAAGUAAGCAACGGAUGGGUUGGACAUUGUAUCGUUCCAAUUAAAAAUUCACCAAAAUUAACUGACACAGUCAGUACAACCAAUGUUACUUCCAAUACAACAGCUUCUUCACAAUCAACAGGAACAAAGAGAAGCUCUGAAACGAAAACAUUGAUCAGAAGUUCAAAAGCCUCUUUAUCAACAAACAGACAGUUUUCCUUAUCAAAAGAACACUUGAAAUCAGCGAAAUUAGUCAAAGAGCUUUCAAAGGACAAGGGCGAAGUGAGAAAACCCGACCUUCCAAGAUCGAAAGUUAAUAUUGUCAAGCCACACAAUAUUGAAAGUAAUAAACACCAGAGAGGGAAGAGCAUAGUUAUGAGAAGGAAGCUCCAGUACGAAGAUUCAUACGGCAGGUUGAGGCGAGAUUCAGACCUAUCCGAUGAUAGUGUCAUUAGAGCAGAUGAAGAGGUUCGAGCUUACAUGUUUCACACAAGGCACAAGGAGUGGAACUAUAAAUAUAAAAAACGCCAGUUCUGUUUGCGUAAUUGGAUUCAAUCCCAUUGUUGUAUUUGCUCAAUAAUAUAAAAAUUUGUUUUUUGUCUAAAAACAACAAUGGUUUUGAAUUCAUGCGAAGCACAACUUUAAUAACAGGAAGUUUGCCCAAAAGAAAUUAUAUAUAAGAG